ACUCAGAAAUGUUGUAUUUUCAGAAAAGGGGAAACUCAAGUCUAUUUUUAGGUGGGCAUUAUCAGUUAGGUCGAGCCGUCAGCUGAUUGACUUUAUGGUUACACUUGCUGUAUUAUCUCGCAUAAGAACCAUUGUCUGAAACCUUAAAACAAACAAAAGUUGCUUCAAAUUUGCCCUGUGCAAUACGUCUAAAAUUUAUAAAGCCAAAGUUAAAUUAUUACCUAUCCAUUUGCUGACGGUUGUGAAAAUCUAACUAUCUUCGAAAUAAAUGCACGUGAUUGAUUUGGAUUUGUUCAACAAAAUGUAACCAAACAAUCACACUUCGCGUGUAAAAAUUUCGAAACUUAUUCAACAAUCAUCGCUGCAAAGAAACUUUCUUUCAACCCUCUGACACGAUGAAGCUACCGACCGAUUUCUUCGCCAUACCCGAAAAGGCACUUAGCCGAAAGUUUGGUCAAUGGGGUUAUUUCGUUGCCCAAAAUGCCUGGCUUUUUAUCAUUACAACUGGAUUAUUGGGCUGUUUUUCCAGUAUCGGUUUUUUCUGGCUGCAAACUGAAAAAGAUAUUGACGUUUUUGAUAUUUAUUUUCCAAGAAAUGGAAGGAUUACUAAAGGGCUGAAGCAGAUGCGUGAAGACUUUCCCGAUACAAGUGAUACAAACUACUUCGCGUGGCAAGAUAACGGUGAAUAUUUAACCCUGUCAAUUUUAAUUUGGGACCCUUUGAAAGGUAGCAGAGACGUGGUUCUGAACUCCGCUGUCAAAAAAGACAUCCAUAAAAUUUGUGACUGGGUUCAAGAUUAUUCGGCUUACAGUCCCAGUAUGAAUAAAACCCUCACAUACACUGACGUUUGUGCAAUCGACGGAAUAAACCAAGAGUACAAACAGUGUCUUCUGCCCGAAUUGUGUCGAGUAGCCGAAUGGGAUACUGAAAAAGGUGAAUUGAAAUACUUCAGCGAAUCCAUUCUUCAAAUGUUCAGCGAUCCUAAGUUCACCAAGAAGAAUGGACUGGGAAACAAUGUAGUCAUAACACGCGGAGGGCAGUCGGCUAGACUGAUAUUCUUCUUAAAGAAAGCAAAUGAAACUCAACUAGCCGAAUCGCAUUUCUGGGUCCGACAAUGUUUCGAAGACUUGCACGUUAUGGUAAAGAAACUCGAAUCGGCUAAUUACGCGUUAUACUCGCUGAGGAUCCAAUUAGACGAAUGGGGCAGUGUAUUUGAACGAGACUCUAAGCUUUUUGCACUUGCGGUUAUUUUCCUCGUCGGCUUUUCGGUCAUCGCUUCUUCGAGCCUUGACUGUUUGACCUCUAGGAGUCUUCUGGCCUUGGCGGCUAUUCUUAGCACUAUCCUGGCUAUUGUGACUGGUAUCUCUGUGCUGAGUGUAGCAGGGGUUCCCUUGAUCCAAGUGGCCUUCUUAACACCAUUCAUUAUUUUAGCCUCUAUGGUGGUUUCGCUGACCUUCUUCGAACUCACAUUCUUCACAGCCUGUCUCUCCAUUCACACCAAAAGAGUCCAGUGCACUUCUCAGCCGAACAAAUCCAGCGCCAUUUUCAACAUUAUUGCCGGCUCAGGUCAUUCUGACUGCACGCUUCACGGCACAACAGUCGUAGGAGCCACUUCGCACUCUGUAUCACCAGAGAUAGCUGACGAAAUUGCGACUAGUAAGCUUGGAGUUGGACCCAUAUCCCGCAACGUCUCAAAAACACCUUCAAUCAUUUCUCGUCGAAACAGCGAUCAACUCGCUAAAGAGAUUGACGAAUCAUGGGCAUUGAAUUUAGCAGAGAAAUAUUUGAUAAAGUACAUGCCGAAGAUAAUCUUACACGAUGUGUCUCGGGUUAUUAUUCUCAUAGGAGUCGGAGUCUUGCUCGCAAUCGCGACCCGAAGUACGAUUCAAAUGCCCGAGUAUAUUAACGAAGUUGAAUACCAGCCCGACAACUCGAAAGUUAUCGAGUACUAUCACACUGAGGAGCGGUUGUACCGAAAGCCGACUGUAGUUGCAUUCGUAAUUGACGAGAAGCUAAAUUACUCGGAUCCGAAAGUUAUGACUAAUCUCCGAGGAGUUACAGACAACUUGAUUGAAACUGGUUUCUUCUUGAAUGUAACAGACCUUUCGUGGUGUUAUGAAGAAGGUCUGAAUAUUUCGAACCUCGUCCGAGCAAAACAGGGCAAAGAAAUUGCAUUCGAAGCUAAAACAAUAGCAGAGUAUCAAGCUGAAAUUACGAGUGGAAUAAAAAGAAGUAUGUUCAAAAAUGACAUCAUUUUGAACAGCAAAGGAGAGAUUGAGAAAAGUCGCUUUUUUCUCCUGACAAUCGAGAUAUCCCUGUAUGAUUCGACGACUAUAAAGAACUUUUUCGAGGCCAUUUAUCCAGUUAUUGACAGCUCGCCGUAUAAACUAUACGCAACUAGCAUUCACUUGUCGAGAUGGGAGCGAAAUAUUACAAUGAAGCAGAGUAUCUGGAGGUCCAUAGCCAUCGGCCUCGCCUGCUGUCUCCUCGUCAUGUCCCUCCUCCUCGGCGACUUCCGAGUCAUAUUUCUAUCUUUCGUGGUCACUGCAUGUAGCAUGGUGUCUGUACUCGGAUACAUGGGAGUGUGGGGCAUCACGUAUAACAUGUCCACUUACAUCGAAGUCCUGCUUCUCAUAGGUCUGUGUGUGGACUAUGCCUCACACAGUGGCCAUUCCUACAAACGAUCAAAGGGACUCACCGCCAAGGCCAGAGCCGAAGCCUCUCUAGAAGCAAUGGGCGUUCCCCUCAUCAACGCGGCCGUUUCUUCCAUCCUUGGAAUAGUGAUGCUCGCUUUUUCCAGCUCCUACGGGAUGCGAACUCUUUUCGUCACCGCUCUUUUCCUUUUCACCUUCAGUUUUUUCUAUGGAGUUUGUGUGCUUCCAGUACUACUGAGUUUCUUUGGACCAGUGAACAAAGAACUGGGAAUCGGGACAAAUGAGGACAACAACGACGGGUCUUCGGAAUCAGGGGGUUCCGGGAAGAACUCACAAGGAUCCCGAGGAAGCAAUCGGGACCUCACCGAAAAAUGUCGGGAUCACAGUCUCUCUAUAGCGGGUCUUUCGGAUUGUAACAGGUCACGAGAUUAUCAAGAGUUCAACCCGACGUCAAAAAGUAGUUUGAAAAGUAAAGAUGUAACGCCCACGAUUGUGAACAACUCAACGCCAGAUUCUUCGAAGCUAAUGUCAGUUGAAGCUCGCAGAGGAUCUGAACUUUGUAACUCAGUUUUAUGACAAUAAGAACGUCUCAACUUAUUUUUGGAAACGUUUGUCGAAGCAGUCUUAAAAUUUCAAAACAUUGGCAGAUAUUUCAGUUCUGUUGAUGUUAUUCAAUUCCCUUGUUUAUGCGUGACUCAUAAACUUAGUGCACAUAUCAUCUUAUCACCCUAAAACACCCUUCAUAACUGUUCACUGUUAUACUAGUUCUUCUUUUAAUUGAUGUUUUA